UCUUCCACGAUUUUUGAAAAAACUCACACUCCUUUGUCAUGUAAAAUUUGAAGUUUUCAGCAUGGAAUUGGAAUUCGAAAUUUGGUAAAAUUUCGGGAAAAUUUUUUGAGAACUAUUCGGCAGCAAAUAUUUCUUGGGGAUUUUUUGUCCGGGAUUUUUUGUGGGGAUAUUUUGUCCAAAAAAAUUUGUGGGAUUAUUUGUCCGGGAUUUUUUGUGGGGAUUUUUUGUCCGGGAUUAUUUGUCCAGGGAUUAUUUGUCCUAGCUUCGUUUUUAUCAUAUUAAUAGCUCUUGUAAUAAUGUGUCAUACAUAAGAAAAAAAUAAUUUUGCAUAAAUCAAAUCAUUUAAACACGAUCAAGUACUUUUAAUAUCACCCAGAUAUAGAGAAAAUACUAAUAGGACACUCGGUAGCUUGAAAUUGGAUAUCUUUGACACGAAGGAAAUCCAAUAAGGCGUAAACAUGCCAUUGAUUAGGUAGAUAUCAUAACUCUCUCUUUCGUAAAAGGGUCUCCAACCUCAUGAAUAAUAAUUAUUACUAGUUAGUUAUUAUAUAUUAUUACAUUAUGGACGCAAACGAGAGAACUAACCUGCUAGAUAGGAACCGUAUGGAUGGAUUAUCCACGACAUUUGCGAUAAUUUGUAUUUUGGAUGUGUUCGGGGUGUUUCCGGUUGUUACUUUACCGAAGGCAAUUAUGGAUUGUGGCUACUAUGGUUUUCUUGUAGUAAUUACAGUUUGUACAACACAAGUUUAUACUGCUGCUUUACUCGGAAGAUGUUGGGUUAUCGCCGAAGAAAUUCACCCCUCAAUCAAGACCAAAAACAGAUAUCCUUACGCCGCUUUGGCAGAAGUGACUUUUGGAAAAAAAUUAGCCAGUACUGUUACGUUUCUACUAGACCUCACAGUUUUUGGAGCAGGCGUACCGAAUCUUAUUGUUGCUUCACAGAAUCUUCAACUCCUGGGACAAAGAAUUAGUAAUGGUAGCGUUGAUAUUUCUUAUUGCUUCUGGAUUAUUAUGGUAGGAAUGAUAUUAUGUCCAAUUUUGUGGUUUGGAAGUCCUAAAGAUAUGAAAUGUUUAUGCUCUUUGUCUGUUUGUGUAGUCACAUCGGUCUUUUUGCUAAUCUGCGGAUGCAUUUUGUUCAACACAAACGAAUCAACUAUACAACCUGCGCAAAGUGAUAUCACAUUUCCGUGGAAAACCAUGUUAAAAGCUUACGGAAUUUUAGCAUUUCAGUUUGACAUUCAUCCAUCUAUCCUGACUAUACAAGUUGACAUGAAUGAUAAAUCGCAGCUAUCAAAGGCGAUCAUCGGGGGAUUUUCAAUAACUUUAGGUAUGUUUGGAAUAACUACUCUUCUCGCCUAUUUAAAAUUAGGGAUGCUAGACGAACCUAGUAUCUUAGAAAUACUGCCUUCAACAGUUUUCUUGCAUAUAACAGCAGCUUUGGUUGCUAUACAGUUGUGUCUUACGUCAGCUGUAGGUAAUAGCGCCCUUUAUCAGCAAAUGGAGGAUUGCAUGAGUAUUUCUAGAGAUUUCAACCAUAAACGUUGCAUCUUACGAACAACAUUGACUGUUUUGGCUAUCGUAAUAGCAGAAUCAGUACCACGAUUUGAUCUGGUGAUGUCAAUAAUUGGAGGAACCCUGACUGGACCCCUAGUAUUCAUGUUGCCACCACUAAUAUUCCUCAAAAUGAAAUCGAUGAAAACAUCCUACGCAGAGCAACUUGCCCUAUCGUCUUUCACGAACAUUGUGUAUACAAAAAAUAUAGGAUCUCCAGGAAUCACAAAAUAUAUUGAACGAAAAUUUGAUGAACACUUUUUUCCAGACUCAGAUCUUGUUGGAAAUUGUAGAUGGUAUUUUGAAAAAUAUGUUGAAAGUAUUUUGUGUGUUUUGAUAGUAGUUUUAAGCAUUGUUCUGACUACUUUUACCACUUAUUUUAAUUUUACCAGUGCUAUGUAUUCAUAUACAAAUGUCAGCAUGCCCUGUAUAUAUAACGUAUCCCAAGCUUUAAUAUAUUUGUGA